ACAGCCUCGGCCCCGAUAAGGCGGGCUGAUAAGGCGAUCAAGCGUCGCGCGCGGUCCACGUUCCGCGUUCGCAAACAAACAGCCAAAACAAACCUGACCCAACUCACGACGACGGUCAUUGCACCACACGAUAUACACACCCCACCACACCGAAGAACCUCGCAUAUCCGCCUCUCAGCAACUUGCGCAAACCAUCAAUCCAAUACAAGAAAUCCACAAUCUCUACAACGAAAAGGAAAAAAGAACCCCACCCGCACAGCGCGCACGCUGCAAACACCAAGAACCCAACAAUAACUCACCCACCCACCCCCGCAAUGGAACACCGCAAAAUCGAACUCCAGUCCCCAAGCGAUCUCACCUACCUCACCAACCAGAUCCGCACCGCCGCGCGACAGAAACUCGAUCUCCACCUGCCCCCAGUCCCCUCUACAGAUGAGACCGCAAACGCGCCGGAUGAACUACGACGGAGCGUAGAAGACUUGGUCGAGAUCUUUGUUGCGCAAGUAUUACAAGGAAUGCGGCAAAACAUCAGUAUCAACGGCAUCGACGUCGUCCAGAGCAAUUCAGAAGACGGGGUAGCAAAUGGGGACAGGGAUAGGAUGGAUAUCGAUGGGGGGAGUGGUGCAUUGAACAACGGCAGAGGGGCCGAGUCACUAGUAGAAACCGUCGAAUACGAAGCCUUUGACGAUAAACUGCGAACGCAGCUUUCCUCUACGGUGGCUAGACGCGAUGCGCUGAUUGCAAAGAUCAGUCAGCAGCGGCGGACGACGCCCAAGGUUGCGGCCGAAGAGUGGAUCAGGAGCUUCGAGGCGGAGAGUAAAGCGUGGCAGGAGAUGCAGCAAGCGGCGCAUGAGCGACAAGGAGGCGACGAUAAUGAUGAUGAUGAUGAUGGAGUAUUGGCUGGUGUGGAUGCGUUGGAGAGGCAGGAAGAGGUGGAGAGGAAUUGGGAGAAGGCGGUGUUGGCGUUGCAAAAGUUGAACAAGGGGUUGCCCGAGACGAGGGCGAGGCUGGAGAGGGCAGGGGAUGUGGUGGGGUACUUGGGGGGUGGGAAGAGCAAGAAGUGAAGGGCGUUCUUCUUUUUUGGGAUUGGAGUAUUGAAGGCGUUGGGUGCAUUUGGGUGUAUAGGCGUUUUUCUGGCGGGGCCGGAGGGGACAUGGGAUACCCACUAGCAUUGAUAUUGCUUGUAAAGCAUUGACGAGAUAUUAGAUCGUUUGUGCUUCUCAUGGAUACAGUAUGUGUUGUAUGUAAGAAUGGUUUUUGAGGGUGGGUACUAUAGCUAUGUGUAUUGCUACCUAUUCACGAAAACAUAGUUCCGAACGA